AUGGGGGAGUUGACCAGUUCACUCCUGCGAGUAGCUGCGUCGGGUCAGGUGUUUGCUGCAGUGUCCAAGUCUGGUCCUGAGUCUGCCCCCUGCUCGUGUCACCUCCUGUCCCACCAGACCCUCCUCUGGCACCACCGCCUUGGUCACCCCUCCCUGCCUCGUCUCCGAGGCAUGGCCUCCCGUUACCUUGUCUCUGGUCUUCCCCGGUCCCUCCCUCCCCUUCCUCCGGGGCCUGCCCCUACCUGCGUUCCCUGCGUCGAGGGGCGGCAGCGCGCCGCUCCUCACUCCUCCGAGUUUCCGCCGACAGAGGCUCCGCUGCAAACUCUUCAAAAGGACGUGUGGGGCCCAGCCCGCAUCCGUGGACAGGGUCACGAGCGUUACUUCCUCUUGGUGGUUGACGACUCGCGAUACACCGCAGUCUUCCCCUUGCGCACCAAGGGUGAGGUCACCGGGGUGUUGAUCGACUGGAUCCGCGCUGCUCGUCUCCAGCUCAUGGAGAGUUUCGGCUCGGACUUUCCUGUUCUGCUUCUGCACACUGACAGAGGUGGAGAGUUUUCCUCUGACCUUUUGCGGGCCUUCCGUCGUGCACGGGGCAUCCGCUAG